UCUCGCGAUAACUACUGCUCAGGCAGCCGCCAUAUUCUGUGGCAGUAUUUUGAUUCGUAUCUGCUAGAAGUGAGCAAAAAGAGAAAAGUUAAGGGCUGCCGCGGGGAGGGGGGGCCGAAGAAGCGGAGCUGUCAGAAAGCUGUUCCCGAGUCCCUGUCAAACGACGGAGGGCCGAGGCGCGGGAUACCUCCUCCUCACGCUGGUUCGAGGACACACUAGGCCCGGGGGCCUCGGAGCAGUUGGAUCUUCGUCUCCCCGGUAGUAGCCGAUUCCCUCUCGGCGUCACCUCUCGUAGCUCCGCGACCCUCCGGAGGUCCGGCGGCGGGUGUUAAAGGCGGCCCGGGGAGCGGCGGCGGAGACGGGAAGAACAUGUUAAAGAUCAAAGUGACUUGCUGUUACACCUGACGCCCCAGUGUGUUGAACAGAACAAGCAGUCCUGACCUGGCGACAUACGAAUGGCACAGGGAAGCCACCAGAUUGACAUUCAGGUUUUGCAUGACCUGCGCCAGAAGUUCCCAGAAGUCCCAGAGGGUGUUGUUUCUCAGUGUGUUCUGCAGAACAACAACAAUUUAGACGCUUGCUGUGAGUACUUGUCCAAGGUCAGUCCAGGCUACCUGUACAGUGAGGAGGGAAACCUGAGCUUCUCAGACGACCCCGGCUUCAGUAGGCUCCGUAAUCACAUGACCCAGCUGAACCUGGUCCCCCAAUCUCAGAAUGUGCAUGUGGCCCCGAUUCGGGACAACCUGAGGAUGAACGGCAGCCGGACUCUGGUCCACAGCCUGAGUGACGGGCCCCUACAGACAGGCCAGGUCCCCAACAGUGACUUCUUUUCCCACGAGCCCCAGUCCGCUCCAGUGCAGGUGCCCUCCAGUCUCAGUGGAUUUGGCGUGAUGGAGCCCACACGCAAACCGCAGCCUCCUCAGCACCUUGGACUUUGCCCCAUGGGUGUAAAAGGAACAGCAAUGGGUGGCCAACAGAUGCCCCGCUUCAACCCCAUCACCGUGACACUGGCCCCUAACAUACAGACAGGACGCAACACCCCAACGUCUUUGCACAUACAUGGAGGGCCACAGCCGGGGGUGAGCAGUCCACAGGGUAACUCCAUUUACAUCAGGCCCUAUCUUAGUCAGUCUGGUACAAGUCGGCAGAACCAGCAACAGGGCAGCAGGGCGCAAUACAGCCCCACGUCCCAGCCCCAGCAGCAAAUCUUCCAGGUGUCGCACCCCCCCUCUCUGUCUGGCUCCUGGUCCGGCUCCUCACAUACCUCACAGCACCAGACCUCUCAUGUCUACAUGCCAAUCAGCUCUCCCACAAACUCCCAAGCGCCCCCUUUUAUCCCCAGUGGAGGCCAACCCUCCUCCGCUGUCUCCUCAUGCUCCUCCUCCGUCAUGCCCAUCAGCCAGUACAACAUCCAGAACAUCUCAACAGGCCCACGGAAGAAUCAGAUAGAGAUCAAACUUGAAUCGCCUCAAAGGAGCAACUCUACAGCUACAGCUGUGCUGCGGACAAGCAGUGGGCCACGUUCUUCCUCCACCUCCUCCUCCUGUCCUUCAUCUUCCUCCUCUUCAACUGGGGUGGCUGCUGUUCCCACCACACCUCUUUCCAUUGGAGGCCAGGGCCUGAGCCGCAGCCAACCUACUGUUUACAUCUCUGCCAGCCCACCUACUGCUGCUAUCACUCCCUCUGAUGAAGCAGUCAUGGCAUCGGCUGGCUCUCGCGCCCAGCCCAAAUUUUACAUUUCUGCUAAUGCCUCCAGUGACGACAGUGGAGGGAGAAACCCUCCCACUGUCUAUAUCUCAGCCAACCCUCCCUUACAGGGACCAUCUGGACCUAGAGCAAUGGCCGGCCAAGUGAGCAUGGGCUCCACCUACAUUCACCACCAUCCACCCAAGACCCGUUCCUCUGUGGGAGGUGGCAGUACAGCUUCUUCCCCUCGUGUGGUGGUGACUCAGCCCAACACCAAAUAUACUUUUAAAAUCACCGUGUCCCCCAAUAAGCCCCCAGCUGUGUCCCCAGGAGUUGUGUCACCCACCUUUGAGCCCACCAACCUCCUCAGCCUACCCCCAGACCACCACUUUGUGGAGCCCGACCCCCUCCAUCUCUCAGACCCGCUUUCACCGCACAUGGAGAGGCCGAGUGAGCACCGCAGGCUCAGCAUGGGUUCCGAUGACGCAGCGUACACACAAGCAUUGUUGGUCCACCAGAAGGCCCGCAUGGAGAGGCUGUGGCACGAGCUGGAGCUAAAGAAAAAGAAGCUAGAGAAGCUAAAAGAGGAAGUCAACGAGAUGGAGAAUGACCUGACCAGACGACGGCUUGAGAGAUCCAACUCGGCCGUGCAGAUUCCCUCUAUUGAUGAAAUGAAGCAGUUGCGGAGCAAAAACCGGUCACUCCAGAUCGACAUCGACUGCCUAACCAAAGAAAUAGAUCUCCUUCAAGCCAAAGGACCAUACUUCAAUCACAGUGCAAUCCAUAAUUUUUAUGACAACAUUGGGUUUCUUGGUCCGGUCCCACCCAAACCCAAAGGUACUUCUUCCAUAGGCAGGAGAGGGUGUAGAUAUAAUGUGACCUCUGAGCUCAGGAUGAAGCCCUCCUGUGGCCCCUCCCCUCCCCUGCCACUCGAUGCGAGCAGUGAGAAUGUGAAGCCAGCUGCCGACCAGGAGGAGGAAGAGGGGGCGCAAUGGAACUGUACGGCUUGCACCUUCCUCAACCACCCCCUUCUCAACCGCUGUGAACAGUGCGAGUUCCCACGGCACUUCUGAGCCGAGGAGGCCCUGCCGCACCGCCACCCUGCUCCUCCGCCCGUCUGCCUCUACCUGACUAGACUAAAGGGGCCUUUCUUUUUCCUGCUUCCCUCGGUGUAUGAAAACGGGGAUGAGGGCAUAGUCACUGCAUCGUCUGGCCUAUUGUGCUUUCUCCCCAGUAGGGUUUGUAGAAUGCUGUCCACUGAAGGCUUGACUGGAUAGUGUUUACAUCUUCCUUCCUCCUGAGACUUGGAUGAUACCUCACUGUAGAGACUGGGCUUUGGUGGGGUCACCUUCUCCCUUUUGUCUAGUUGAUCCUGGGGGAUACCUUGCUGCUCCCACCUACAGUAUUACAAGCGUGGCACCGCAGUAUGACAGCACACAUCACCAGCAGGCGUCACUGUGCCUCACACUGACUCCAGAUUUGUGCCUUUCUUCCUUGGGAUUUUGGGAACCGUGUUUGGCCUUUGCUCUCCACCUGAAGGGAAAACUAACAGACUCCUCGUAGACUUUUAAAGUUUGUUUGGUAAUUUCAGGUGGUGCGGAAGGAGCUGGCAGCGUCUCUGUCAUCCAAACGUGCAUCUUGCCCUCCUCUCCUUCAGAAUUAUGUCUCCUGUUUCUCCCAUCGUCAGUUAAGGAAAACAAAGGAAACCGUGUUGCAUGUGUUGUGUACAGUCCAUGGAGGCAGAAACUUCCUUUGAGCUUUUACUGUACAUAAUUUUAGAAUGUGUCCUGAAAGCCUUCUUUGUCACACUAUGAAUCAUUUGUAUUUCCUGUAAGUAUACCCUUAUAGACUUUAUUAACUUCUUUGUUCCAUUUCCCUCUAUCAAACCAAUAAGCACCACGCUCCCUUUUUAAGCUUUUUACUUGAUGUCUGAGAGUUGAAGCCUCGCAGGAGCGGAGGAACAGAGCAAUAGAAUCGGUCCUCACAAAGCUACGCCUGCCAGGUUCCAACAAUCACUCGUGGAUUUGCUCGAUGUCCUGUGUACGAUCUGCAGAUGCCAGCAGUAGUUUUUUUUUUUUGUUUGUUUGUUUAGAUUUGUUCAAUGCAGGGAGGAAAAGGGUCAACAAGCAACAUGACAAAUCGCUAUCUUAUCUGACAACUGGAAUGUAGGUUGAAUGUUUGGGGACAACUACACCUCAGUGCAGAGACACUCGUUUUUUAGUAGAAUAAGUUACUGCAGGUUGCUGACUAAGUGCCUGUGUUGGGUUUCUGUGAGGUACCAAAGGUCAACGUCAGUAUUUGUGUUUGAACUCUUCCUGUGAUGUGGAAAUAUUCCUUUAGGUCUUGACCAGGAAGCUGUUUUUAGCACAUGACGACUGUCCACUCUGUGUACUCUUGUUCUCAUUUGGCUUCUUUCACCCUCCUAAGCUUUUAUUGAUGAGGGUAUUUCUAAAGUUUACUUAUUGUCAUUAACUUUGACGUUGUUACUUUGUUCCACAUUUGUGAAAUGUUGCCUUGCAUAAGUGCCUUCAGACCUAUUUGAUAAUCAGUUCUGCCACAUCCAAGUGCCUUUUAAAAACCAAAAACCCACUUAAAUGUAGAUGAAUUAUUGUCUCUGAAGCACUUAUGCCAAACUUUUCUUUUUCCAACCCAAAGAAACCAGUUUCAGCUUUAUGUGCACCUUGGUGUGAUGAGGCAGUUUAAUCAUGUUUUAGUAAAUGGAAAAGGAUCAUUUGGAUAUCUAAAGUGUUUUUGAUUUUAGCUGGGAAACUGUCUUUGUAACAGAUAAGUUAUUUGUAAAAAUAAAAAAAAAAUCUAUUCUAAA